AUGUGUGGCAUGCUUACCACUCAAUCGAUUGGUGAACCGGCUAUGCAGAUGAUGCUCAAUACAUUCCAUUAUGCCGGUGUCUCCAGUAAGAAUGUGACACUCGGUGUCCCAUGUCUGAAGGAGAUCAUCAAUGUUGCUACCAAAAUCAAAACACCUUCCCUCACUGUCUACCUCGAGCCUGACGUUGCUGAAGAGAGUCUGCUUGUGUACCAUGACAGCAGCCGUGGAGAUCUGGUAGGACUCUAUCUUUGUAGAGUCAUUCUUCAAGGCACUUUUUGGCACGGACGAUAUGGAUCUCAAGUACUAAUUUCGAGUCAACAAGAUGAGACUAUUGGAAAGUUCGUCACUCUACGCUCGAGCCGCGCGCUCUGUUUCGAUUCCUGCAAAAAUUAUUGUCACUUGAGGCUCAAGCCACGUGCUUCAUUUCGAUUCCUGCAAAAGCGGCUCUUUGCCCUCUUCAAGAAGCCCAGUAAUCCCGCUCCUGCUCUCGCCUUUGUUUUGUCUUCUCUCGCCUUUGUUUUGUCUGCUCUCCCCAUCCUUUUGUCUGCUCUCGCCUCUGCUUCUUCUGCCAACACCUCAGCUCUGAUUGCGGCCUCCGCCCGGACAGUCACAUCUCCCCACUUGCGCGUCUUCUGUUGCACUUGCACGCGAGAUUUUGGAGCCAUGCGGUUCACUAGCACCUGGUAA